GGAUUGGUUAUGAUUAUGGUAAGAAUAUCAACAUUAGCCAAUCAGAGGCAGAGUAGGGCGGGACAUUGGCUGCUAUGGCUCCUGCCGGCGCGUGUUAGUGAACACACACAACAGACAUGGCGGCGGUUGGUUUCUGUGGAGAGUGGUUUAUUCUCAGCUGCGACACGAAAUUCACAGCAGUUCACACCAAACAGAGAGACGUUUGUGUUUGACUGCAGCACUGCCGAGAAGAAACCAAAGAAUACAAACACCGACACCAACAGUGAUGGCGGUGCCUCAGAGGAAACAGGAAGUGACAAAGUGCUCGCCUUUGCCGUGUCUCCAUCUGGAAAGCUGGUGGCGUUGACCGAUGACACCAAGCGACUGGUUCUGUUUCGCUGUGAGGAUUCAUGGCAGCGAAUCAGCAUCAGGUGGGUGGUGAGGAGGUGCACGUCGCUGGUGUUCAGCCACGCGGAGGAUGAGGUGCUGGUGGCGGAUAAGUCUGGAGACGUUUACUCCUUCUCGGUGGCGGAGCCGCAGAAGGAGGGCGAGCUGAAGAUGGGUCACCUGUCCAUGGUGCUCGCUGUGACGAUGACGCCGAACGACAAAUACGUCAUCACAGCCGACCGUGACGAGAAGAUCAGAGUGAGCCACCUCAGAUCUCCCUACAACAUCCAGUCCUUCUGCCUGGGACACCAACAGUUCGUCAGCGCUCUGCUGGUCCCGUCAGGUCAUCCUCACUGGCUGCUGUCAGGAUCAGGGGACGGGACCAUGAAGCUGUGGGAGUACGAGUCCGGCCGUCGGCUGCAGAGCUGCGACCUCAAAGAGCUCGAAGAGACGCCGAGCUCCGAGGCUGACGAAGAGAAGAGGCCAGCUGUGUGCCGCAUCAUCAGCUCCCCUGAUGGACGCCACGUCGCCGUGCAGUGUGAACGGGUUUCUACGGUUCAGUUUUUCACUCUGGACCAGGAGAGUGAAGAGAAGUUGGUGCCACACAGCAGGCUCCCCCUCCCUCUCUGUCCUCUGGACAUGACCUUUGACCCCGACGGCCGGCUCUGGGUGCUGAUGGACUCCAGUGAUGCACCGCUGCAAGUCUACACACACAGACAAGACUCCUGGAAGUGUGAUGCUGAGAGUCCUGAACUGAACAGAGUGACUAAAGCCCUCAAACCCCACUGGGAGACACUUCAGGCCUCCGCCAGAACCGCCACCAGCUUCGAGCAUCUGCAGAAGGUGACCUUUGACAACGUGACCUUGUACCUGCAGAAGAAGCAGCAGAGGCUGGAGGAGCAGCAGCAGAAGAGGAAGAAGUUUCCACAGAAGGAAUCACAGAAAGCAAACGGCAACAAGAAGGCCAAGAAGGAGACGUCUUCUACCUGAACGGACAGUUUGAGAAGAGUACUAUCAUUUCUUUUUUUUCUUUUUUUUUUUAAUGCUUUGGAUGAAUCUGAGUUGAGUUUGUGCCUUGAUGAAGCACGUGGAUCGUCUGCUGUGGCCUGUGUGGAUGGAUUUUUAUGUUUGGCUCAAAUUUCUGGCUUAUUUUUAAAAAUAAACAUUGCAUCUAACAUUGAA